UCUAAUCCCAAAACUAAAAAUGGCUGCCCUUCGCCCCCUUCGAAUGGGCCACAGAGCCUUCAAUGUGGCUCCCAGGGCUUUGCUUGCCCCCAGAGCAUUCUCUACCAGCUUGACUGCGCGUCUCGCUCAAGUCCAAGACGGCCCUGCCAUCUCCCAAACCAACCGCGCCGAACAAACGCUUCGACGCUUUUGGAAAUCAUCAAACAUCACCUCCCUGCCUUCCGGAUCAUAUCAAAUCACCCUCGACCACCGGGCACUCAAGACGCCCUCCGGUACAAAGCUCGAGAUCCCGAAAGAGCGAAGAUUGUUGGCGGCCAUGAUCAGUGGUGAGUGGGAGAACCAGGAUGAGGUCCUGAAGCAGCAUGCUCUGCCCGUGGUACGUUUCUUGGCUUCAGUGGGAGGGAGUCGAAAGUUGAGUAAGGAUCAGACGUCGCUCGCUUCAAGGGCGAUAGACGGUCUUUCAGACCCCUUCACUCGUCCCUUGGUGAUCGACGCCCUCCUCAAGUACCUCCAAACAGAUACUAUCCUCUUCCCCGACGAUGAUCCUCCUCCUCUUGUCCGCCUGCAAAAGGAACACUGGGACCCGCUGCAUGCGUGGUUGAAGGAGGAGUUUGGAGUGACGUUGGCAUUGGCGGAAGGCUUUGGGGGAGUGAGCCAGAGUGAGGAGACGAUCGGAAAGCUGAGAAAGGCUGUGGAAGAGAUGGAUGCUUGGGAGCUGGCUGCAUUCGAAAGAGCAGUCUAUGCCACAAAAUCAUUUGUCAUCUCCCUCGCCCUUCUUCGUGGUCACUUGACAGCACACGAGGCAGCCGACGCGAGUCACGUCGAGGUCCGAAGCCAAAUCGAGCGAUGGGGUGAAGUAGAGGACACUCAUGAUGUGGACUAUCAAGAUAUCAGAAGGGCCCUUGGUAGUGUCGCUGUGCUCCUUGCCAAGUCACAGUAAAGUAGAAUGGAAAAACUCGCUCAAAUUGCCCGAUGCAUGGUUAGUCGUCAGAAUUGUAUUGACGUAGACAUUUGUCAGUUGUGCAGCACCCUGAGGAAGACAAAGGAUACGCCGUUACGACAACUC